UACAGGGUUGUAGCCUAUUCACUGAGGUGCAAAUGAGAUAAUGUGUAUAAAGUGCUUUGGAAACUUGAAAGCAAUCAAUCAUUAAGUGUUAAGUGCUUCUACUGUGCCAGGAAAACACUGGCAAUAAAACUGGAAAAGCAAAGAAAGGCAAAACCAGUUUCUGCCCUCAAGGAGUUGGCAUUCUAAUGGGAGAGGCAACUUUAAAAAAUAUGAAUGUCUGAGACGUAUAUAAAGUAGCACUACUAGUAACGAGUGGCAUCACUUCUGUUAUUUGCCCCGAAAUCACCAUUUCCUCCUCAAAUUGCAAUUUCUGCAACUAGCAGGUGCUGGCCUGGGUGCUCAAGGACAACUCAGACCGAUUCAGCAUGAUGACUAGUAUCUGGGGAGCAGAUAUCUUUGAGACUUGCCACCUUCUUAUGAUCCAGCUGGCAGCUGUGGGCUGAACAUGGCAUUCCUUCAAGCUGUGCCCAUGCCCCCUGUCAAUCAAAAUAAAACCCCUGCUGUGUGCACAUGCAGUUGAUUCCUAGGGAUUGGGAUGAAAGAAAACUUUAAAACUUUGGCUACAAUCAAAGUCAUGAUUCAGCACUCUUAAAUUGCUGAAUAACCCAGGUAGGUUGAUGGCCAUAGUUGCCUGGAUUAUUUCACAAGCAGGCACGGUUCCAGGGCACUGAAAGCCAAUGGAAAUCCUGCCCUGGAAUUCAGGAGGAGGCGACAUCAUCUUCCACUAUUCCUUGUCAUUUGGGGUUGGUUCCUUGGACUAAAGUGGCUUUAUAGAAAUAUUGGACGAGCUACUGAAUGCUGAGAGCAAUUGAUACAUUUAAGGAAAGAAGUCAGGGGCAACAGGACAGUGGUAUUGGGAUAGCUGAUUUCUCCCCGUCCUACCUAACUCACAUACAUACACACUUGAACUGGGACUGAUAACUUCCACAUAACCUUGGGGAGGGACAUAAACCAGGGGUGUUGUUAGAGAACCUUCAGUAAGGAGCUUUUCAGCCUGUGGCAGGAGGGAUGGAGUCUAUAACAGAACUGGCAUCCUGUAGCAGCAAGCUCUUGCUUGCUCCUGUUUUUAUCUUCAUAAAUUGGGGGAAGCUCAGAGUAAGAGCAAUCCUAGAGUUUAUGGGGAAGGAAGGGGUCUGGAUCAGUCAGGACUGGUUGGUUUCCCAGGUCCAAAAUCACAGACAGCAAGGUGUCAGCUGGGAAACUGGGACCUUCCAAGUGUAGAAUAUCCAGAUAAAUUGGGUUACAGAGCAGGAGUAUAGGUGGUAGCAGGCAGGCUAGGGAAGACAUGUCUAGGAUAUAGACAGCUUUUUGGAGGGAGGAUAGGAAGGCCAGAAACAACAGGGUUUUUUCCAGACUAUAAUACCCCUGCAGGUGAAUCUCUUAGUAGUCCUUGCUUUAAGAGGCAGGUUGGGGUGAUGAGUGAGGUGUAGAAAUGAGCUCAAAAGUCUCCUGAGUUCCCCAAAUUGCCUAAUAGGGGGCUCUUUUAUGUGUAAUAGAAUGGGAGUUGGCUUAUCAGAACCCUAAAUAGUCUCACUAGGCAGAACAGAAUGAAGGUAGUCUAGGAUCCCCAGGUGGGAAGGUCUAUAAAUGUCUUUCAUUGGACCAGGAACCUUAAGGAUUCCUGUCACUUAUCAAAACAAUCCAGAUGACUCUAGAACUCUACUAUCAGAGUUUAGAGCAACUGACUGUAACAUGAAAUAGAUUAUUUCCUUCAAGUGUAAUAGAUCUCUUGAUGCAGCCUCUUUCCAAUUGUCAUUGCAGCAUCAUGGGUGGAACAAGGAUGGUAAACUGGUAUUAGUUGACUUCCACUUGCCAGUGAUUAGAGUAGCGCUGAGUCCAAGGGGAGGCAGUCCUCUCUGGAAAAGGAGGGUGGGAAUGGAGUCUAUAUCCAAUCAAUCCUAAAUCGGAGAUUAUUCAGAGCAGUAAAAGAGAAGAGGCUGAGAUGGAAACCAACUGAGAGAGCAGAGAUUUGGGCAGAAAGGGUGGUCAGUAUUGAGUCAGGGGGUAAGCUGGUGGGAGUAUGUUGGGGAAUUUGAUGCUUAUGUGAUUUAACCUGCCUCUAAAGCUUUAACCUUUUAUGGUGACUUUACCUAUUCUCUGUCUCUGUCUUAUUACUCAUUACAUGUCAGCAUCAGCAUGGUCAUGGGUCAAGUCAACUUUAGGCUCAGAUAAAUUGAAGAAGGGGGGAAAUGGUGGCAGAAAGAUGUGUAAGGCACCCCUUACAGUAGUCUUGGGUGAUAAUGAGCAUCAAUACCAGGACAUGGGAGUAGAAAGGCUAAGAUAAUUAAGUUUGCUGAUAUUGGCUAUGAGAACCCCAUAGUUUUAAAUGGAUAUUUGGGUAAAUGGUGGUGCCACCAGGCUAGUGAAGUCAGAAGAAUGAGCAAGUUUAAAUGGAGGAAAUGAUAAGCUCAUUUUUAGAUGUGUUGACCUGGGGGCAUCUCUAGGGCAUUUAACUGAAGCUGCCCUAUAGACAAUUGUAGAUAUGAUUGGACCUCAGAAGGGAGGUCUGGGAAUCAAUGCCCUAAGAGGAAACGAACUUGUCCAGGGAAAGAGUAUAUAUAGAGGAAGGAGGUUAUGUUUAGAGUCGGUAGACAGAACUGUGGGAAAUACCAACCUUAAGAUAACAGGAACCAGUGAAAAAAUGCAGUGGUUAGAGAGCUAGGAGGGCACCCUAAAUGAGCUUAUGUGAUGCCAAGGGGGAGAGAAUACUAGUAGUAGGGAGGUAGUCAACAUUGUCAUUCUACAGAGAAGUCAGGGAGGAUGAGAACUGGAAAACAAACCUUUGGAUUUGUGUAACCUCAGAACAAUUUCAUUAUCAGAAGUGAAGUCUGAUCACAAUAGCUUGAGUUGAGAGUGGGUAGUGGAGAAGUUGAGGCAUUGAGUGUUAACAGCUUUUUCAAGGAGUUUGACAAUGAAGGAAAGGGAAUGGCCAAGUGGAGUAGUAGUUUGAUGGGGUAGCAGGGUCAAAAGAAGGCUUUUAGGGUGAGAUAGACAUGGACAUGUUUUAGGUAGAUGGGAAAGGAAAGAUGAAAGAUUCAAGAGAGAGGGGAUGAUUGCAGGAUCCCACAAGAGGCAGGAGGGAGUGACAUCAAGGGCAUAUGAUAGAGGGAUGAACCUUUGUGAUGGAUAUUUUUGUCCAAAGAGAGAUUGAGCUAUGAAGUUGAUUUAAGAAAGAGGAAGGGGGUUAAGGGACCUCAGGUCAGAUAGUCUUAGUCUUCUGAAUAAAUCAGGAGGGUGUAGCUGUAGGAAGUGGGGCCAUGCUUAAGUGUGAGAGGGAGAGAAAAAAGAUUGGAAUGAUUGCUUUGGGGAAUGAGAGAAUUCAUAAGAGUAAAGGGAAUGUCAAGCAGUAAUGAGGGCCAUAGUUAUGUACCAUUGUAAUGGGCCACAGAAUCAGCUCAGUUUAAAUAGGUUUUAAUAAUUGAGUGGGAGGGAGGGCAAUGAGGCAGUUGGGCAAGGUUGAUCUUACUCAUUACGCUUUGUACUUUCCUUAGCUCCAUCUAAUUGUGCAGAAGCAAAGGAGACAAGCUGAUGCCAGGUGCUCCCCUGACAGCCAGAUCCCAGGAGCUGGUAACAUUUGAGGAUGUGGCUAUAUAUCUCACAGAGGAAGAAUGGGUACUACUGGACCCUGCACAGAAGAGGCUCUACAGGAACGUGAUGCUAGAGAAUUAUGGGAAUGUGCUUUUACAAGGAUUUCCAAUUCCCAAACCAGACCUAAUCUCUCGGCUGGAGCGAGGGGAAAUACCAUGUGUGCCAUUUCUGCUGAGAACGAAGAUUCAAGUGAUUCGUUUUGAUUGUGGGUCUGAGAAGAAAGUGUGUAUUCCAAAGCAAGACAUUGCUGAAGAAGGCAAAGCGCAGAAGAUUUUAUUAGCAAAAGUUCCCAGGACCAUUUGCCAUACCAUUGAAGAAAAUUCGGAUAGUGAGGCUAGAUUAGACCAACUUCCUGGAAAUACUCUGAAGGAGGAACCGAGAAGCCCUCUUUUCCAGGAGACUGAUUUUGAGCAGGUGACUGGUAUUUAUAGCAGUGGCCUUAAAGUAACAAGAAGGCACAAAUGCAUUAAAAGUGACAUUGGUUCAAACUCUGUUACACAACAGAGAUAUCCUGUCCGAAAGAAAUCUAAGAUAUGUGAUUCAUUUCACCAUUGUUUCAGGCAGGGUUCAAAAUUGAUGAGAUAUCAGAGUAAACACAAGGGAGAACAAAACCAUGAAUGUGAUACAUGUGGGAAAUCCUUUAGCAGGAACUCAAGCCUUCUUGAACAUCAGAAAAUUCACAGUGGAGAGAAACCCCAUGAAUGUCAUGAAUGUGGGAGAGCUUUUAGUAGGAACUCAAGCCUUCUUGAGCAUCAGAGGAUUCACAGUGGAGAGAAACCCUAUAAAUGUAAUGAAUGUGGGAAAGCCUUCAACAGGAACUCAAGCCUUCUGGAGCAUCAGAGAAUUCAUAGUGGGGAGAAACCUUACGAAUGUAACGAAUGUGGCAAAACCAUCAGUAGAAAAUCAAGCCUUAUUGAACACCAGAGAAUUCAUAGUGGAGAAAAACCCUAUAGAUGCAGCAAAUGUGGGAAAGCUUUCCGGGGACACUCAGACCUUUCUAAACACAAGAGAAUUCAUACUGGAGAAAAGCCCUAUCAAUGUAAAGAAUGUGGCAAAGCUUUCCGGAUUAGAUCAGGCCUUACUAGCCACCAUCGGAUUCACACAGGAGAAAAACCAUAUUUGUGUAACAUAUGUGGCAAAGGCUUCAGGGCACAGUCAGACCUUAUUAAGCAUCAGAGCAUUCAUACAGGAGCUAAACCCUAUGAAUGCAGGCAGUGUGGGAAAGCCUUCAGGGUGAAUUCAGAUUUUGUCAAACACCUGAGAAUUCAUACAGGAGAGAAACCAUAUGAAUGUAAUGAAUGUGGGAAAGCCUUUCGGGUCAGUUCAGGCCUUAUUAGCCACCAGAGAAUCCAUACAGGAGAAAAACCCUAUCAUUGUAAUGAAUGUGGGAAGAGUUUUAGGGGGCACUCAGACCUUAUUGAACAUCAGAGAAUUCACACAGGAGAGAAACCCUAUGUAUGUAAUAAAUGUGGGAAAGCCUUCAGGGGGAACUCAGACCUUAGUAAACAUCAGAAAAUUCAUACUGGAGCAAAACCCUAUGGGUAUAAGAAAUGUGGGAAAGCUUUUCGAAUUAGCCACCAGAGAACUCAUGGAAGAAAACACAAUGGUAGAUCAUCAUAUAAAUGUGACGAGUGCGGGAAAGCCUUUGGAGGCAACUCACACCUUAUUCGACACCAAAGAAUUCAUAGUGGAGAGAGACCCUACAAAUGCAGUGAAUGUGGGAAAGCCUUUAUUCAGAACUCAUCACUAACUAAACAUCAAAGGAUUCACACUGGGGAAAAGCCCUAUGAAUGUAAUGAAUGUGGGAAAACCUUCAGAGAGAGCUCAGGCCUUGCUGAGCAUCGCAGAAUUCAUACAGGAGAGAAACCCUAUGAGUGUAAUGAAUGUGGGAAAAAGUUCCGAGGGAGAUCAGACCUGAUUCAACAUCAGAGGAUUCAUAGUGGAAUAAAGCCCUAUGAAUGCAAACAGUGUGGGAAAAGCUUCACAGGGAGCUCAGGCCUUAGUCAGCACCAGAGGAUUCACAGUGGACAGAGGCCCUAUGAAUGUAAGGAAUGUGGGAGAACCUUCACAGGGAGCUCAGGCCUUAGUCAGCACCAGAGGAUCCACAGUGGAGAGAAACCCUAUGAAUGUAACGAAUGUGGGAAACCUUUCCGGGUGAACUCAGACCUUAUUAGACAUAAGAGAAUUCAUAGUGAAGUAAGGCCCUAUAAAUGUGAAAACUGUGGGAAAACCUUCAGAUGGAGCUCCGGCCUUAAUGACCAUCGGAGUAUUCAUACGGGAGAGAAGCCUUAUGCUUGUAUUAAGUGUGGGAAAGCCUUCAGGGGGCGCUCUGAUCUUACUAAACAUUGGAGAAUUCAUACUGGAGAGAAACCUUUUGAAUGUAGUGAUUGUGGGAAAGGCUUCAAUCAGAAUUCAGGCCUCAUUCAGCACAGAAAAAUUCACAAAGAAUAACUGAGUUUAGCAAAUAGAGAAGCUUCCAUCAGGCUUGUUUCAUUGGGUCCCAGAAAAUACAUAGCAGGGGCAGGUUCCAUAAAAGAUUCAAACUUUUUCACAGGCAGAGCUUAUGUCUCUGA